AUGGCACAACAAUAUGGCUAUGCUGGGCAACCGCCUUAUCAACAGCCAGAUUAUCCAAAUGGAGGAAAUCCAUAUCAGCAAGGUCCUCCAUAUCAGCAAGGUCCUCCAUAUCAGCAUGGUCCACAAUAUCAGCAUGGUUCACCAUACAAUCAACCUCCUCCUGCUGGUUUCAAUCCUCAAGUAUUCAUGCCACCGCCCCCGAUACUACACCGCGGAUUUGAUGCAUACGUCGAGGGCGGACGUGCUAAGUCGGAUUUUGGCUUUAAUUCUGCAUCUGUUCGAGCAGCUUUUGUCCGAAAGGUCUUCUCGCUUGUUGGUAUUAUGUUAGCAGUGGUAACAGUGAUGACUGCCAUACCAUUCUUUCAUCGUGAAACGAUGACGUUUGUACGAACUACUCCGUCACUGUAUCUUGCAAGUUACGUCAUUUUUACGGUUGUCUACUUUGCAUUAAUGUGUUGUGAAGGUAUGCGAAGAUCAUUUCCCGGUAAUUUGGUUGCAUUAAGUAUCUUAACAUUAUCGAUCGGCUACAUGACCAUGAUGUUUACUUCUUAUCACAAUGCAGUAUCGGUAUUACUUUGCUUGACAAUAACGGUUUUUUGCUGUUUUGGGAUCAUCCUUUUUUCGUCUCAGACGAAAUACGAUCUUACAAGUUUGUAUGGCGUAUUGUUCAUCUUGUCAAUGGUCCUAUUUGUUUUUGGUAUCGUUGCAGUCGUUGCCGCCCUCGCAUUUCGUGUGACCUGGCUGUACACUGUUUACUCUGGAGCCGCUGCACUGAUCUUUAUGAUUUAUUUGGCCGUUGACAUCCAGGCAAUAAUGGGAGGACGAAAACACGAAAUUUCGCCUGAGGAUUACAUAUUCGCAGCAAUUCAAAUUUUCCUGGAUAUCGUUUACAUCUUUUGGAUGUUGCUCUCACUACUCGAUUCAGACAGAGACAUGAAUGUACAUUGGGAAAUCGGAGAUGAAAAACGAUCAAUAAAUGUAUUCUGGGAAUUUUGA